AUGCAGCUCAAGCUCUCUGCCGCCACGGCCCUGUUGGCCACCAUCGCCCUCGCCGUGCCCGUCCCGACCGGCCAGGACUCUAGCUGUGCCCAGGUGAUGGUCAAGACUCUGAACACUCAGCUGCAGGGCAACAACAACCCCGUCGAGGUAGGCCCGAAAGUCGUGACUGGCACGAGACAGACCGUCGCCACUCUCACCAAGACCCAGCCUCAGAGCUGCCAGGGCAAGCUGAGCGACGAGGACCAGAAGCAGGUCUGCGACGCUGCUACCAAGUUCAUCAAUGAGGACGACACUCUCGUCAAGCCCGUCACUGACAAGCAAGAUCUCCUUGCCAACAUUCCUUUGAACGCCCCCAUUGCUGCCGCAUACCUGCAAAGCGUUAUCGAAUUUGCUCCCAACUGUGGCCCGCAGCUCACCGAACUGAUCAAGAACCUGGACAAGGUCCUUAGCAAGCUCGCCGGUGCCUACUCCAACUAA